AUGAUUGAAGAUAAGACUAAUUUAGUUCUACAUAACGAAAAAUUAAGGCUCCACUUCACAAUGAAAAGAGAAAUCUUCUUCACAGCUUGUGGUUUAUUCAAGUUGGACUGUACUCUAGUUCAUUCGAUGAUAGCCGCGGCUACAACAUAUCUGGUCAUAUUGAUUCAGUUUGGACAACUUUCUUCUAAUACUGAUUACAGUUCGACGUCAACUACUUCGAGUUUUUACAACGACACAACCACUCUACCAACAUUCUUCAACACUGGACCAAGUAGCAUAGUUGCGACAACAAUCUAA